AUGAAUAACGAGAGUGAAGAUGGGAGCAAGGCCAAACGCCGCUACAAGUGGUCGCGACCAAGACUUCCAGUCUGUCACACAGCUGAGGAGCCACUAGGAAUGGUGUCGAUGCUGCCUUGGGUCGCUCUGGCGGUGAAGAACGCGCAGCGUGCGAUGCUGACGCAGGCAUCGCACGCUGCAACCAGUGGAAUGGGCGCAGGAACAGCUGGAAGUGUUGUGGCCAACCGACUCUCAGUAAACACGUCAUACAAGGUUCUUCUGCUGGAAGCUGGAGGUGAAAUGACGCCGGACCUUAUGGUACCAUUCACUGCACCUUUUGCGGCAAAUAAAAAUAACAGCUGGGAAUAUGAAACAGAACCACAAUUAUUUUCUCUUUUCACACAGGAUCGUGCUCCAGUUACUCUGGGACAAGUAAUGGGUGGUACCGGCUCCAUAAACUCCAUGAACUUCGUGCGUGGAAGUAAGCACGAUUUCGACAAAUGGAAAAGCGACUAUAAGGCAAAUGGCUGGAGCUAUGAAGAAGUGCUUCCAUACUUCAAAAAAAUUGAGUACUUCAACAUCACACAUGAAAGCAUAAAGGAGAAAGAAAAAUACCAUGGAAGUUCUGGCGAAACGCCGAUCAACUACCCAGGAUACUACACAAACCUGUCGUACGUUUUUCUCAAUGCGUGUAAAGAAGCUGACUACAAGUACGUCGACUACAACGGCGAAAGCCAUAAAGGUUAUUCCAGGGUGCAGUCAAACACUGCUUACGGUGUGCGAAUGGGUCCCAGCACAUGUUUUUUGAAUGAAGAAAUACGUUCCAAAGUUACAAAUUUGCAUAUUCACACAUACAGCGUGGUAAAAGAGAUAAUUAUCGAAGGAAAUAGAGCCGUCGGAGUAAAAUUUAAAAAGGGCGGUGAAGAAAGCACGGUGCGCGCCAGUCGCGAGGUCAUCCUGUGCGCAGGUGCCGUGAAUACACCUAAGCUGCUCAUGUUAUCGGGAAUUGGGCCUAGGGAAGACCUGGAUCGAGUCAAGAUUCCUGUGAAAGUGGAACUUCCAGUGGGACGAGGGCUUCAAGAUCAUGUGAUUUUUUUGGGACUCGUCGUGACCACAAAUGGUGACCUGAUCGGCUUGUCGCACUUCAACGAAAGCGUUGAAGAAUACAAAAGAACGCGAACAGGCCUUCUUACAAUACCUGGAGCCUUUGAAGCGUUGCUCUUUACAAGGAGCGGCGUCGGAAAUGAAACUGAAGAUGAUCCUGACAUUGAGCUCGAACUUACAGCUCUCUUUCCGAGUCCAGAGAUUGAAAAGUCGAAAUACGUCUCCAAGGAGGUAUACAAAAAGUACUACCAGCCAAUGUUUGGAAGUAUUGGCUUCAUGAACGCAGUAGCCAUGGUAAAGCCAAAAUCCCGAGGAUCCGUCCGUCUGCGCACGAAGAAUCCGGACGAUAACCCAUCCAUUGACCCCCGCAUGUUCUCAGAGAAUAUAGAUUUGACCCGACUUGUUAAUGGUACUCUGAAACUGCUGAAACUGUUUGAAAUGCAAUCCAUGAAAAAGGUCAACGCUACAGUGUGGCAGCGAAAGUUCCCAUACUGUGAGCAGUUCGACGUGUGGAGCCCCCAGUACGUGACGUGCUUCGCGCAACACACCGCCUUCCCUGGUCAGCAUGUCUGCUGCACAUGCGCGAUGGGAGAACACAACGACGCUGUUGUUGACAGCAGACUAAGAGUGAAAAACGUGGCAGGAUUACGAGUCGUGGACGCUUCAGUGAUGCCACAGAUUGUCUCAGGAAACACCUACGCCACCGUUCUCAUGAUCGGGGAGAAAGGCGCCGAGAUGAUUCUGCAGGACGCCAAGAAUAAUCAGCCAGUGAUGUCAUAGACCCCAAGAAAAGAGAUUUUGCUACAUAUUGUUCUAAGAGAACAUGAGCUACAAGAAGAAAGGACAUGUGAAACCAACUGAAGCUUCGAAUAUCUAUUGGCGUCUGUCGAAGGCCACUGUUUGUGAGGAAUA